AUGCGUAGGAUUUCGUUGGUAGACAUGUUGAAUUCGAUAUUUUUUCUGUUCACCUUUGGUGUUUUCUCUUUAUAUGCUGAGGCUUUAUCGAUGGACGAUCUUAAGCAGAAGUAUGUGGACAACAUAUUGGAAUGUAGUAAGCAGUACCCUAUAGAUCGAGCAGAUGCAGAACAGCUCCAAAACAGAAUUAUGCCUGAUAAGGAGCCAAUCAAAUGUUUGUUUGCCUGUGUUUACAAACUGGCGGGAAUGAUGAACGACCAGGGAGAGUUAUCAGUUGAAGGUGUCAAUGCGAUAUCACGAAAGUAUUUGGCUGAGGAUCCAGAGAAGUUACAGAAGAGUGAAGAGUUUACCGAAGCUUGCCGAAGUGUGAAUGACGCUCCAGUCAGUGAUGGAACAAGAGGCUGUGAUCGAGCGGCAUUAAUUUUCAAGUGUACCAUUGAAAAAUCUCCUGAAUUCAACUUUGUAUAA